AUGCAGCACGCAACUCAGGCGGAAUUCACAUUUUAUCAGUUCGUCGGUGCACAACUUGACAAGAUUGAUGACUUCUACACCGAGCACGAGCGCGAGGCUGAGACGCGGCUGACGACUUUGAAGAAUCAACUCCAAGAGAUGAAGGAACGCCAGGCUGCCUUGCGCAAUGGGGCAGCCAACGGAUCUUUGGAACCUCCUGCCAGAGAGUAUACACGGCGUCAUGACUCUUUCUUCGAGCGCCUUUACGAAAAUCUCAAAUCGGUGCUCACAUUGGCUGACGAGGAACGGCUGUCGAAGCACCCUGUCAAGCCAGGCAAACGCAACGACACGUUCACACAGAUGACUUUGACUUAUCGUGUGGCAAAACGUCGCCUCAAACUCGCCUUCCAAGAGUAUUACUACUCCCUCGAACUACUGCAAAGCUAUCGCUCCCUAAACAAGCAGGCGCUGAGAAAGAUUCUCAAGAAGUUCGACAAGACUGUCCACGGCAAGGCUUCUGUGGUAUACAUGAAAAUUUUCAACGACGAGACACAUAUCGGGAAGUCUGACGCCACUGAUGCUCUGCAACGUCAGAGUGAACUCGUCUAUGCAAAAUACUAUUGCGGAGGCGACCGCAAGGCAGCGGCAGUGUCGCUCAGGCAAAAAGCGAGAACGGAAGACGAUCGAUUCACAAUGUUGCGAAUUGGUCUUUAUUUUGGAUUAGCAAUACCUCUGUUGUUGGAAGGUCUUGUACGCAGCUUCGAUACAGUCAAUACUACUGAUGGAGUGGUCCAAAGUGUGCUUCUUCAAGUAUGGGCCGGCUUUUUUCUUUUGCUGCUCAUGGCACUUUUAUUUGGAGGCGCUUGCUACAUUUGGCAAAGAAAUCAGAUCAGCUAUCCUUUCAUCUUCGAGUGGCAGCACAACCAUCAUCUGAAUUGGACACAAUACUUUGAGGUCCCGGGUGUUCUGCUCUUGCAGUUCAGCAUCCUUUUUUGGAUGUGUUUCAGUGAAUUCUUUCCGCAGUUUACAACCUGGUAUCCUCUUGUCUUCUUCUGCUCCGCUGUUGCGACAUUGGUGAUUCCGUUUCCUUUUCUUCACUGGUCUAGUAGGCGUUGGCUCAUCGUCGCCAACGGGCGUCUUCUCGUUUCGGGCUUGGCUCUUGUUAGAUUUCAGGAUGUCUACCUUGGCGAUGUUUUCAAUUCUCUCACUUAUUCUGUCGGUAAUAUCGCUCUCUUUUGGUGUCUUUACCGGCAUGGUUGGAACGAUCCCCGUCAAUGCGGGUCGUCACGAUCAACAUUAUUUGGCUUCUUCACGACACUUCCGGGCAUAUUUCGAUUUUUGCAAUGCGUCAGGCGUUACACUGACACGCUCCAUUGGUUUCCGCAUCUCAUCAAUGCUCUCAAGUACCUAUUCACUAUCUUGACUUACAUGUUCCUCUCCUUGUGGCGAAUUCAUGGCAGUACUCGAUAUAAGUGGCUGUAUGUGGCGUUUGCGACAUGCAACACCCUCUACACAACUUUCUGGGAUAUCAACUAUGAUGCUUCCUUAUUACAAUUCCAAGGCAAACACCCUUUGCUGCGCGAACAUCGUGCAUACAGGUUGACGUGGCUUUACUACAGCUUUCUGCUUCUCGAUCCCUUGUUUCGAUGCUCUUGGAUAUUCUACAUCAUCUUCCAAAAUGACAUCCAACAUGCUGCCGGGUUGUCUUUCUAUAUCGCCUUGGCAGAAGUCUUUCGAAGAGCCUGUUGGAGUUUGCUUCGUGUGGAAAAUGAACACGUCGCAAAUGUGCGUCUCUAUCGCGCAAUACGAGAGUUGCCUUUGCCCUACGCCCUUGACAAUGUCAUUCUCUCGACAAAUCCAGCGACCAGGGUCACGUCUGAGACCAAGAAGCCGGCACCCAAGCUCUCCGAGGCGCACGCAACGGACUUUUCACGCGCAAAGAGCAUCAGGUCUGCAAUGCAGUCUGAUUCAGAAGACGAAGAUGACACUUGA